GCCAGCGUGACGUACCCGGCACUGCGACAUGGCUCAGGUCAAGCGCAAGCAGUACGAGGACGACGCCGUCGCCCUCUACGACGUCGAGUUUGCGCCCGGACCGCUUGGCAUCCAGUUCGAGACGGGCUUCUACGGCCACCACGCGCUCGUGAAGGGCCUCGUGCGCGGCAGCCAGGCGAGCCGUCUUCUCCAGAGCGAAAACCACGCGAUCCAAGCGCAUGCGAUCCAGACGGGCCAUGUGCUCGUCGCUGUCAACGGCGUUGACGUCACCACCGACUCGUUUCCUGAUGUGAUGGCGUCGAUUCGCAGCGCGGCGCACCCGCGCGUCCUGCGUUUCCUUGACCCGAGUGUGCUCUCACUCGACCGGUUCCGGCACGAUCCAGCGCAGGAGCUCGUGAAUCGUGACGAGUAUGGCUUUGCAAAGGACGACAAGUACAUUCUAAAGCACCGCCAGCAGUUGCGCCACCAACGCCAGAAGCCCGCGCGAUAUCGACACGAGAGGCAGUGGUUGGAACUGCUGCAGGAAAACGGAGGCUUCGAUGGCCUCCAGGUCUUGCUGCACGAGAGCUCCGAGGACGAAAGCAUGCACGUCCGCCAGCUCCUCCAACCGCUCGUUGUCGGCGGUAUUCCGUCGGCGUAUCGCCCUGCCAUGUGGCUCUUGCUGGCGAACGUCGCGGCGUACAAAGCCCGCUUCCCGCACGACUACUACCAAAGUCUUCUCCACCGCGAAGACCACCGAGGCAGCACGGUCGAUGACAUUGAGAAGGACGUGGGUCGCACGUACCCCGAGCACACGUUCUUCCAGGCCGAGCGCGGCAAGGUCGAGCUCACGAACGUGCUCUUGGCGUACGCGAUGCACCGGCGCGAGAUCGGGUACUGCCAGUCCAUGAACUUCAUCGUCGGCAUCCUCGUACUCUUCCUGCCCGAAGAAGACGCGUUCUGGCUCCUCGCUGUACUCCUCGAGAAGUUUUUGCCCUGGGAAAACUACUCGCGGAGCAUGGUCGGCGCCCAAGUCGACCAGAUCGUCUUCAAGCGCCUCGUGACGCUCCAAGCACCGGCGCUCAGCGCGAUGCUCGAGACCCACGGCAUCGACAUUGAGCUCGUCUCGCUUCAGUGGUUCCUCUGCGUCUUCCUCUGCACGCUGCCCCUCGAGACAGCGCUGCGUGUCUGGGACCUCCUCUUCUUCUACGGGCAAGAGGUCGUCUUUGACGCCGCGCUCUGCAUCCUGCAGCUCGGCGAGCAAGACAUCAUGGGCGUCGCGUCGCACGCAGAGCUCUUCCAGCGCGUGCGGGAGCUUGGAACCGAGCUGCACGACGCCGACGCCUUUGCCGAGUUUGUGCACGCGUUCAUGCAGAAUGAGCGCAAGGCGCCCAAUGGGCCCUUGGACCAGCUCGUCGCCAAGGUCACGCGGUUCCUCGACAAGGGCGCAACGCCGGUUGUCGCCCCGACGCCCAAGCUCUACACCUUUGACGACAUUGAGCAGUGGCGGCGGGAAGCGCGGCCUCAGGUCGAGGCCAACGAGCGCGAGAUGCAGCGCUUCCGCGAGACGUGCGCCGAGUAGGCCCACAUUUUCAAACUCAAACUCAAAAUCUUUUUGUCGCA